AUGGCCCUCCUAGACGGCAUCGGAUACAAGGUUCUCAACAUUGUCGUGUUCGCCCUCACCUUUGGGUCCAACCUCUACAAUGUCAUUGGUCCCCACCACUCGUACUCCGGACUGCAUGACACUUACGUCACGCCGUCGGCGUACGCCUUCUGGAUCUGGACGCUCAUCCACAUGCUUCUCUUCUGCAUGAUCAUCUACCAGUUCACAGACCGCGGCAAGGCCAUCAUCGUCGACCGCAUCCAGUACCGCUUCGCCGUGCUCGGUCUGCUCAACACGGCCUUCAUCUGGCUCACACUGCGCGGGUUUUACAUUACCGCGUUCAUCGUUAUGCUGCUUGUCGCCGGCUCCGUCUCGCAGAUCUACUUUAUCAUCAACGCGGACACGGAAGAGUGCACCCUCCCCACUGAGCUGUUCAUUCACCUUCCCUUCAGCUUUUACCACGGCUGGACGGUGGUGCUGACUGUUCUCGCGCUGUUCCAGGCGUUUGGUGUUGAUGCCGACACGCACAAGGCCGGGGUCUGGACCAAGAUCUUCGUGUUCCUCUCGUUCCUCUUCCUCGAGUCGACUGCAGCCGGGUACGCCUUCGCCACGGCUUCGGGCGACCCCGCCGGCGCAGCCGUCAUCUCAUGGGCCCUCUUCUCCAUCUACCUGCACCAGACCGUCCCCUUCAUCAAGUGGUCGGCGUUCGCGUUCUUCAUCCUCUCGCUCUUCGCUGUGAUCAAGGCCGUCUAUUCGUCCUUCCGUGCCGGCCGCUCCAUCCUCCACGACGAGGAGCGUGCGCCCCUCAUUGCGGGCGCAGCCGACUAA